GGAAGACACCCCUUCUGACUUGGGGGCGGUCCCCAAACAGAACCUCCUCCAUUCACAACUGCCAGCCAAAGGCCCUACCUACCCUGUUACCCAUCUUCCCUUGUACCCUGAGUUACCAUUCGGGACUUUUGGAGCUGAGCACCAUGGGGAGUCCAAACGACCAGGCAGUGCUGCAGGCCAUCUUCAACCCUGAUUCCCCCUUUGGAGAUGUCAUUGGCUUGGACCUAGAUGAAGCAAAGAAAGAAGAAGAUGAAGAUGGAGCUUUCCCUCAAGCACAGUUGGAGCAGGCCAAGGCCCUGGAGCUGCAGGGAGUGAGGGCCGCCGAAGCUGGGGACCUCCACACAGCCCUGGAGAGGUUUAGCCGCGCCAUUGGCCUGCUACCUGAGAGAGCCUCUGCCUACAACAACCGGGCUCAAGCCCGGCGGCUCCAGGGGGAUGUAGCAGGCGCCCUGGAGGACUUGGAGCGCGCGGUGACAUUGAGCCGCGGCCGGGGUCGUGCCGCCUGCCAGAGCUUCGUGCAGCGCGGGCUGCUGGCGCGAUUGCAGGGCCGGGACGACGACGCCCGCAGGGACUUCGAGCAGGCGGCGCAACUGGGCAGCCCGUUCGCGCGGCGCCAGCUGGUGCUGCUCAACCCGUACGCCGCGCUGUGCAACCGGAUGCUGGCCGACAUGAUGGGGCAGCUGCGCGCGCCCACCAAUGGGCGCUGAGCGCAGCCGCGGGAUGAUGGAGAAGGGGAACCCUGACCCAACCAGGACCCAAUAAAACUUCCUGGACUGCC